AAAAAACAUUGAUAAUAUUUCAUCAUGACACUUCAUAAGUGCACCAUUUUCCUGGAUUUGAUAUGUCUUGUGGUGGUGCUGCGAAUCUGCAUGGUGGCGCUGUUUUAUUCAAGCCCUCGAACACCACGAUAGUUUUAGUCAUUAUAGCCUUUUUCCUGCAAAGACUGGACCGUUCCGUGGUGCUGAAAAGCCAAUUUGAAUAUUAGAGUGCGCUUUUUUUGCACUGAAACAUAAUCAGGAUCCCAAUUUAUUCCACAAUAUUCCACCGAAAAUCCUUAUUUAAUCGAUUGAAGCUCUGCCGUAUUGUAACAAUAAUGGGCCCCAAUGUAACAAAGGCGUCUUGGAAAAGGUACGUGCUGCUCCUUAUUCUUUAUACUUUUGUUCGCAACACAUCGACCUCAGUGACUCAUUAUUCUAUACCCGAAGAAAUGAAAGACGGAUCGGUUGUCGCCAACCUCGCAACAGAUCUGAGUCUGGACGUCACAACACUGACAAAGAGAAAGAUGCGUCUUGAUAUCAUCGCAAACAAGAAAUAUCUAGAUGUGAACAAAGAGACUGGUGAGCUGUAUAUCGUGGAGCGGAUUGAUAGGGAACAGAUUUGCACCACCAAAUGGUCAUCAUCGUGCUAUUUAAAACUUGAAGUAACAUUAGAAAAUCCACUGCGGAUAUUUAACAUAGAAUUAGAAGUAUUAGAUAUGAACGACAACGCCCCGCAAUUUCGAAGAGACGCCAUUCAUUUAGAUAUAUCUGAAGCGACGCCUAAAGGAGAGAGAUUUUCCCUCAGCAAUGCAGUGGAUCCGGAUGUGGGAUCAAAUUCAGUAAAGACCUAUCGUCUUAGUGAAAGUGAUUAUUUUAACAUUGAGGUUCAGACUGGUAGAGAUGGAUCCAAGUUUGCCGAUUUAAUCCUGAAAAAGACAUUAGAUCGAGAGCAGCAGGCGGGGCAUGAUUUAAUACUCACCGCUAUAGAUGGAGGAACACCUGCUCGUUCUGGUACUGUUAGCAUUAUUGUUCAUGUUUCAGAUACAAAUGAUAAUUCACCUACAUUUGACAAAGUAGUUUAUAACGUUAAAGUAAUGGAAAAUUCUCCCAUUGGUAGCACUGUAAUUGAUCUGAAUGCAACAGACUUAGAUGAAGGGUCAAAUUCUGAUAUAACAUAUUCAUAUAGUUUGUAUACAUCAGAAAAAACACAAGAAACAUUUAAUUUGAAUCCAACAACAGGAGAAAUUACUGUUAAGGGAAUGUUAAACUAUGAAGAUUUUAAAAUUUAUGAUAUGGAAGUAAUAGCAACAGACAAAGCAGCAAACAGUUUAUCAGGACAAUGUACCAUAAAGAUUCAAGUUGAGGACAUGAAUGACAACCAUCCAGAAUUAUCUAUUAAAUCAUUUCAGAGCCCAGUCAGUGAAAACAUCGAAUUAAACACAGUGAUAGCUGUAGUAAGUGUUAGUGAUAAAGACUCAGGUGAUAAUGGAGUGGUAGAUCUUCAUAUUCCAGAUAACAUGCCUUUCAAACUGAGGGAGUCCUCUGAUAACUAUUAUGAAUUAGUGGUAUCAGAGCCAUUAGACCGUGAGAAGGUCCCAGAAUAUGACAUCACUUUCACUGUCACAGACAGAGGUUCUCCUCCUUUAUCUGACAAUGAAACUAUGACUUUAGAGCUGCUGGAUGUUAAUGACAAUGUUCCACAGUUCCCUCAGUCAUUUUAUACAAUACGUGUGAUGGAGAACAACGUACCUGGGGCCUUGCUCAGCUCACUGACUGCGUUUGACCCUGACCUCCAUGAAAACCAGUACCUAGUUUACUUCAUCAUAGAGAAGGAGAUCGCCAACACCUCCAUGUCCAUGCUGUUCUCCAUCAAUCCGGAGAACGGUAAUCUUUAUGGACUGAAAACGUUUGACUAUGAGAUCGAAAAGGAGUUUCUUUUCCACAUCGAGGCCAGAGACUCUGGAUCUCCUCCACUCAGCAGUAACGUGACUGUACACAUCAUUAUUGUGGACCAGAACGACAAUGCUCCAGUUAUUGUCUCUCCAUGGCGCGCACACGGCUCGGUGGUGGAGGAAAAGAUCCCAAGAUCCACAGAUAAAGGCUCCCUGGUUUCCAAGGUGAUAGCCUUAGACACAGACUCUGUGCACAACUCUCGGAUCACCUACCAGUUUCUCCAGGUGACUGAUGCUACCUUGUUCAGUCUGGACCAAUAUAACGGAGAGAUCCGGACUAUGAGGAUGUUCAGUUACAAAGAUUCCCGCCAUCACAGACUGGUUGUUGUUGCCAAGGACAACGGAGAACCUGCUCUCUCUGCUACAGUCACCAUCAAACUGUCCACAGUGGAGACCGCCAUGAAGGCCUACUCUGACAUGACUGAGGUGCCUCUGGAAUAUGACAUCUUUUCAGACCUCAACCUGUAUUUGGUCAUCGGUUUGGGCUCUGUGUCAUUUCUCUUAUUGAUCACCAUAUUGGUCACCAUUGUGAUCAAGUGUCAAAAUCCCAAGCCCAGUAAAACGGCUCCACCCUGCAGGAACAGUGUGAUUAGCGAGAGAAACUCCACCAUCGCAGACUCCACUCUGGUCUCCAACGAUGCCUACUGGUACAGUCUGUUCCUAGCAGAGACCAGGAAAGGAAAGUUGGUGGUUAGACAGCCUGUGCCAAAGGGCUCCAGAUACAUCGUGUCCAGUUUACCAAGAGGGACAGGACUGACUGAAACCAGUGACUCAGCAGCUUCUACUCUGCAGGUAGGAUUACAAUUUGGUACAUGGAUGUAUGCCAUAUAACUAAUAUUGAAGCCCUUGUAGUCUCACUAAUGGACAUCAAUUAAUACUCACUUUAGUACAACAGCACACCAUUCAUCAAGCCAUACUUUCGUGAAUCUUGAUCGCAUUUUUAAUUAGUUUAUAAUCCUGUUAAUCGUUCAUACCAAGUCAGUAUGAAAUUAAUCGGAUUAAGAAAAAUAAACUGGUGACCACAGUGAUUGUCAACUUCCAGAAAAUAGAAAGAAUGAAUAAAUAAAUGAAUAAAUAAAUACUUAUUUCAUUCGAAUAAUAAUUUUUGUAAGGUUUUAAUUACAACUGAGCUUUCUUUUGAUUUA